AUGAGUUUGCAACCCAGGCGUGAAUAUCACAUUGUCGUGCUCGGUGCAGGCGGCGUCGGCAAAAGUUGUCUAACGGCUCAAUUUGUCCAAAAUGUUUGGAUCGAGAGUUAUGAUCCGACAAUUGAAGACUCGUAUCGCAAGCAAAUCAAUGUCGAUGGGCGACAGAUCAUCCUGGAAAUACUUGACACCGCGGGAACCGAGCAAUUCACUGCCAUGAGGGAGCUCUACAUGAAACAAGGCCAGGGGUUCUUGCUGGUGUUUUCGAUCUGCAACAUGAAUUCCUUUUACGAGUUGGCCGAGCUGCGCGAACAAAUCAUCCGCAUCAAGGACGACGAAGACAUCCCUUUGGUGGUCGUCGGCAACAAGUCCGACAUGGAAGAAGAGCGCGUCGUCCCGCGCGCCCGCGCGUUCCAGCUCGCCCAGUCGUGGGGCCAAAAGCCGUACUACGAGACGUCGGCCCGCCGACGCACAAACGUCGACGAGGUCUUUCACAACCUCUGUUCGCAGAUCAUCCAGCGCGACACGAACCGAGGUCACCUGCAGCAGCUGCAGCACGAUCAGCAGCUCGCCGCUCGGAGACAAGAUAGGCCGAAUCGACACGAUCGGAGGGCGGCCGGAAGGCGAUCUCGCAAUCGAGACCGUUGUGUCAUUCUGUGA